AUGAGGUUCUCGAUUUCGCAGCUGUAUGAUACCCUGCCUGGCUUCUUUGUCGAAUUUGCUCUCCUCUUGACUGUCGCUCUAUCAUGGCAGUAUGUACGCCGCGAAGUCAAGCGUACGAAGGCACGCCGCCUCGGAUGCCUACCGGUCAAGACUCUACCUCAGCGACUACCUGACUUCGGCUUAACCAACAUCAUUCGUGUGAUGAAAGCUUUCAAAAGCGGCAAGCUCUUAGAGCUUACUGAAAGCAGAUUCCAAUCAGCGAGGGCAAGCACCGUCGCCGUCACCACGCUGGGCCGCACCACAAUUUGGACCAUGGAUCCCAAGAAUGUGCAAAGCAUUUUGGCUUUUGAUUUCAAAGCCUGGUCGAUUGGUUCACGAAGAAAAGGCGCGUUCAAAACUCUAUUGGGUAAAGGUAUUUUCACCAGUGACGGAGAUGAUUGGAAGCAUAGCAGGGAACUUUUACGACCCAGUUUCCUGAGGCGCAGGAUUACUAGCUUUCACGUUUUCGAACACCACAUCGGCGCUUUUUUGAAAUGCAUACCCUCAGACGGCAAAACAAUAGUUGAUCUCCAUGGAUUGUUCAUGCACCUUACCAUGGACAUAUCAACCGAAUUCCUGUUUGGGAAGAGCACUAGUAGGCUAUCUCAGCAGGAUGAUGAGAAGACCGCUUUAUUUGCUGCGGCAUUUGAACGAGCCCAAGAAGCCGCUGGCGCUGCUACCAGAAAUGGGCCAAUAGGAAAAAUCUUGGGCCUUGGUGGUACGUCGAAGGAUGUUGCACUCGUGCAUGACUUUGUGGAUAGCAUCAUUGCGGAUCGGUUGCUCGCGGAGAAAGAUUCAGGAUUGACUUCUUCUUCUGACUACAUUUUCUUGGACGAACUGAUCGAAAAGUUCAGUGAUCCUGUUAAAGUUCGUUCAGAGCUGCUGCAAAUCCUGCUUGCGGGUCGCGACACCACAGCGGCAAUGCUGACUAACUUUUGGUGGUGCAUUUCAAGACACCCGGAGGCGAAUUCAAGACUACGACAAGAAAUAGAGCAGUUACAAGGCACACAACCGACAUUUGAGCAGGUUAAAGAGCUCAGGUAUUUAUUGGCAGCCAUCAACGAGUCUUUACGAUUAUAUCCAGUCGUUCCAGUCAAUCUUCGUGAAGCGGUUGAGGACACAGUAUUGCCUGUGGGUGGAGGUGAAGACGGCCAGGCUCCUGUAUUUGUCCCAAAGGGCCAGGCUGUCAUGUGGAACUUAUGGACUAUGCACCGUCGUGAAGACGUGUACGGCUCUGACGCCGCGGACUAUAAGCCAGAGCGGUGGCUAGCGGGAGAACGAUCUCCUUUGCGCCCUGGCUUCGCAUUCUUGCCAUUUAAUGGUGGCCCAAGAAUCUGCCUAGGCCAGCAGUUCGCCCUGACCGAAGCAUCAUACAUUAUUGUCCGAAUGAUACAGGAGUUCGCUAUUAUCCAAGGAGUAUACGAUGGGCCGUGGCGUGAAAAAAUCACUUUGACGACCGUGAAUGCGACCGGUUUGCCUUACCUCAGCGAUAUUCCGCCAUUUCCUAUCGACAGGAUCAAGAACGUGAUACCUCUUGUGAAGAUACCUUUGAAAGAUAUCGAUGAUGCAGCUACCAAGAGGCAAAUCUGUGUGGCGUCAAGGACUCAUGGUUUCUUUCAACUCGACCUGCGCGGCUGUGAGGAUGGCGAAAAGCUCCUUUCAAAUGCCGAACAGCUCUUCAGCUUUUCCAAGAAAGCCUUCGUUGAAGUCCCGUGCGAGGAGAAGGAAGCUUCGUCCUUUUUCAAGAUAAGAAGCAUCCAUGGUUGGAAGAAAGCCGGCUUUGUCGACUCUAAAGACGUGCACAAGCGUAAGGACCGCAGUGAGAUGUUCCACGUCGGCAAGGAUGAUGCCAUACGCAUUGUUGAACGAGAUGAAAAGCCUAUGGUUGCGUAUCCGCACUUGUUGACCGACAAUGUUCGCAUGUUCUACGAUCUGAUAGUACGCUCUCACGAGACCGGUUCACGAUUGUUAUCUAUUGUUGCUCGAGACCUCGGUAUAGAUGCAGAUGACCUACUAGCGAGGCACGACAUUCAUCGGAAUAGUACCGACCAGGCCCGCCUCACCUUCACUCCUGCACUAGAGAAAAGGCCAGAACACGAAUCACACGAGGAAAAAGACUUGCAAAUAUCCUUACACGAGCACACUGACUUCGGCACGCUGACCUUGUUGUGGAACCAAGCUGGGGGCCUUCAGAUCCAAGACAAGAGUGGUCAAUGGUGCUAUGUAGAACCAUUGGAAGGCUGUUGUAUCUGUAACAUGGGCGACUCCAUGGUGGCUCUUACAGGUGGAAAGGUGAGCAGUGGCAACCACCGUGUUGUCGCAGCUCCUGGCGAGCAGGGUCUUGUAGAUAGAUAUAGCAUUGUCUAUUUCAUGAGGCCUAAUGACGUCGGCGUCGUGGAGGAUUUGUCUCCCGACGCAGAUCCUAAUGGUAAGAAAGUGACAGGCAAAGACUGGGUGCUCAACAAAGGCAAGGCUGUCACAAAAGAUUAUGGCGUAAAGAAGCCAUAG